GGACCUGCAGGCUUCGAAAGGUGUUCUGUUCAGCGAUUGCUUGAGGACCCGGCAUAACGAUGGCUCCUGGGUGUCUGCUCAGCACCCGCAGAGAUGCGGUUCCAGGACUAAGCCGACGGGCGUGGGGGCAGUGGAGCCUGCACCGUUUUCACCCGAGAUCCCUCAAAUGCCUUCCUUCACGUAGCAGCUCUAGGCCCCUCCCCGAGCCGUCGGGCCCUACCAGCCCGGGAGAGGUGGACGGGGCCCGCGGGGCGGGGAGGGGGUUGCUGGGAGAGGAAGGGCCGCGCUCCCGGGGGCGGGCAGAGGCGGGCGCCUAGAUCUGGAGGUGGAGACUGGGUGAGGGGCCCGACCGCGGCGUCUGUCCAGAACCGCCCAGACACCAGCGCUCAGCAAGGGUGAGACCCCAGCGGAGUCCCGUCCCCUCUCCUAAACUUCAGCAGCCGGACUGGGAACCCCAACUGACGGGAACCACACCGCGUCCCGCUUCGGAGACUUUACCACCAAUGUCACUGCUGAAUUCUGGCUGGCCCCACCGAGUAAAGAGGCUGGACUCUCCGGAGCUGAAUCCACCAGUCAACUCAGACAGCAACCCAGACCACAUGCCCAAGGAGGAUCCUGAGGAGACUUCUGCUCAGGAUCCUGAAGUUCUGAGCUGGGGGCACCCUGGCCUGGAUACCACCCCAGCCCCCAGUUGGCCUGGGCUCCGGAGCCUCCUGCAGCAGCUCCCUCCACAGGACAGCGAUGAGCGCUACUGCCUGGCCCUUGGGGAGGAGGAGCUGGCCGAGCUGCGGCUCUUCUGUGCCCAACGGAGGCGGGAGGCCCUGGGACAGGGGGUGGCCCGCCUGGUACCUCUCAAGCUUGAAGAAUGCACCUGUGAAAAUUGCAGGCAGCGGCUGAGGCCAGGGGAGUACGGAGUGUUUGCAGCUCGGGCAGGAAAGCGGCACUGCUGGCACCGGGCUUGCUUUGCCUGCCAGGCCUGUGGCCAGGCCCUGAUCAACCUCAUCUACUUCUACCACAAUGGGCGUCUUUACUGUGGCCGUCAUCACGCAGAGCUGUUGCGGCCUCGCUGCCCGGCUUGUGACCAGCUGAUUUUCUCCCGGCGCUGCACCGAGGCCGAGGGACGGCACUGGCACGAAAACCACUUCUGCUGCCAGGACUGCGCCGGGCCCUUGGGCGGGGGACGUUAUGCCCUGCCGGGGGGCGGCCCCUGCUGCCCCAGCUGCUUUGAGCGUCGCUAUUCGGAUGCGGGUUCGAGUCCGGCCCCGACACUGGAAAGCAGGGCGUCCCCGGGAGAGGAGGGGCUCUGCAGAGUUGGAGAUCCGGACUGCGCCCAGCCGAACACCGCGAUCAUCUCCCGGGCAACCCUUCUCGCCACUGCCGCCAGCUCCAGUCUGGAAACACGGAGCAGGAUGCUUGGAUCCAGCGCAGAGCAGGAGUAUCGAGCUGGGGACCACACGGAGUCACGCCAAGGGCAAGCGCAGGGCCGCCUAGAGACGCCCCUUGAUCCCAAGGAGGAUGCUCCCUGUCCCACCUGCUCCUCUUCCUCUGAGUCGGAACCCGAAGGCUUUUUCUUAGGCCAGCGCCUUCCCCGGCCUUGGGAGACCCCCGGCCCCUUUCCGAACUGAGGACAGCGACACCUCCAGGAGGCACUGUACCAUUUGCUAGUGGCGCAGCCUGGAGAAAGGGGGGCU